GCCCUCUUUUACUUCAUCGUCUCAGCCGUUCUCCAGCUCUCUCUGUAAAAAUUCUACAGCCAGGGAGCGAUUUCUUCGUAGUUCGGACCAAAAUCUGCUCGCCACCAAGCUGGGUUUUUCGGACCGAUAACGUUCAAUAAGAAUCUCCUUCUUCUCAGGCUAUCUCCAGUUUUCUAAUGUUUUUGGCAUCCGUUUUUGGAGAAAACUUAUACUUUUAAAACCAACCCUAGGUCCUACUUGAGUCAUGGAGGAAAAUGAAUCCGCCGGCGAUGUAGGAGAUGUGAGUGAGCAGUUCAAUAGCACGGAAGCUAUAGCGGCCGUAGCCGAUGAUGGGUUUCUUCAUGGAGAAGAGGAUGAUGAAGACUACGAAGAUCUAUACAAUGAUGUUAAUGUUGGAGAGGGUUUUCACAACUCACUGGGAAAGGAUGAAGAGGAUUUGGGUUUUACAGAUAAUACUAUUAAUAAUGUGGUUGACAAUAAGAUUGAGCCAUCACAAAUAGCUGCUGAAUCAACAGCAUUGAUUCCUGGAGUAGUAGGUGUUGUUGAUGGGUCUAGGGUUUCUGGCAUUCAGGGAGAAGAUCAGUCUACUAAUACUGGUGGUGGGAUGAGGUUUCAGUUAUUACAGUCAUCUGAUAAAACAGACGAUUUCCAUGAACAACAACAACACCUUGUGGAUAAAAGUAUUCGAAUUCAAGCUCCUAAUUUACAGCUCUCCCAAUCUGUUAAUGCUGGAACAGUUAAUGGAGUAGAGUCUGGGUUUGGUACAGGUCCAGGUUCAAUACUGCCACAACCACAAGCUGUUCUGGGUUCGGUUGGUACCAGUUUGGGGCCGGUUCUGUUUGUUGGAGAUUUACAUUGGUGGACGACAGACAGCGAACUCGAAACCGAGCUUUGCAAAUACGGUUCGGUUAAGGAAAUCAAGUUUUUCGACGAGAAAGCCAGUGGGAAAUCGAAAGGUUACUGUCAGGUCGAAUUUUACGAUCCAUCAUCAGCCAUAGCUUGUAAGGAGGGAAUGAAUGGGCACUUGUUUAACGGAAGGCCUUGUCUGGUUGCACAUGCUUCUCCUUUUACCGUCAAGAAAAUGGGAGAGGCACAGGUCAAUCGAAACCAAGCAAACCCUUCGGCCGUCGCUCAAAGAAGGGGUCCUGGAAUGGUUAUGGCUCCUGGUCCGGGUACUGGAGAUCCCGCCCCGGGUAAAAUGGUUAAUCAAACGGGCGGUGGGAGUUUCCAAGGAGGUGUGGGAGAGAAUAAUCGCGGCGGUUACGGAAGAGGAAACUGGGGCAGGUCCGGUCCUCAUGGGUUGGCAGGUCGUGGGCCGACGGGUCCAAUGAGGAACCGACCGGGUGGAAUCGGGGGAAGAGGUAUGAUGGGUGGAUAUGGACCAGGACCACCUCUAAUGCAUGCUCAGGCGAUGAUGGGUCAAGGAUACGACCACCCUGGUUAUGGUGGCCCCAUGGGGCGGAUGGGUGGUUAUGGAGGAUUCCCGGGUGGUCCAACUGCUCCGUUUUCUGGGAUUUUAUCAUCUUUCCCACCUGUGGGCAAUGUAGGUCUUCCCGGGGUUGCGCCUCACGUGAACCCGGCUUUCUUUGGACGGGGAAUGCCGAUGGGUAUGGUUCCGUCAGCUGGUGUUGACCCGAAUAUGGGAAUGUGGGCCGACCCGAAUAUGUCUGGGUGGGCCGGAGAUGAUUAUGGUGGUGGAAGAGCUGCUGGGGGGGAUUCUAGUUAUGGAGAAGAAGCAGCCGAGAGUUGGCAGAAUCCAGCGAAGGAGAAAGCAGCAGCUCCUCCCCCGGAAAAGGAUUGGUCUGGAUCUACUGAACGACGGUAUAGGGAUGAAAGGGAGGCUGAUUUUGAAAGGGAGAAGGAUACUGGACAUGAAAACGACUUUUCUGAGAGACGACGUGGUGGUGGUGAUAGGGAAAGGGAUCGGGAUCGCAUACGUGAAAGAUCUCGUGAUCGUGACAGGAACAGGGAUCGAGAAAGGGAAAAGGAACGCGAGAGAGGAGAUAGGCAUAGAGGAGACGAUAGGGAGAGACAUGACAGUAGUAGUAGGUACAAAGAAAGGGAGUCUGAACGCGGUGGCGAUGACGAUGAUGAAUGGAAAAGGAGUAGUCGAUCAACAAGGCCGCAAAGUAAGUCUAGGAUGAGUCAUGAGGACGAUCAAAGGUCGUCAAGAUCUCGGGACACUGAUUAUGCUAAGAGGCGACACUAACUACCCUCUAUUGAUUUCGCGAAAUGAAGAUUUUUGUUGAAAAUAAAGACGUAGGUAGGAGACCAUUAUCUUGACUGACAGCGGGAUAUUCUCUUAGGAAAACCCGGAGGUGUUGAAGAAGAAUGUGUUGGAUGCGAAGUUGGUUAUCAUAAAACGUAAAAUGUCUUGGCAUUAGAGAAUUUACCAUUGUUGUAGUAAUGAAUGACUUUGUAAAAGGCUAAAAGACUGUCUCUGUGUGUGCGUGUGUGUGGUUGCAUUGUUUAAGGUGGUGUCUCUUAUGGUUGAGUUUUUUGUUUUGCUGUAAUAGUACUAGUUUGGUUUUUGAAUUGUGUGAAUGCUACUACUAGUAAGGUGUAAGGUUGACUUUACAUUUUUGUAUU